AUGUCCUCUUCCAUGCCAGGCGUGUCUCUGGGCGGAGAUGCCAAGCACAUUCGAAUCGCUCAGAUCGCCUUUGGGACGAUGCAUUUCACGUGGAAAGCCGCUCCAGAGACGUCGGGUGAUAUUCUACAGGUGAUCAAAGCGGCGGUAGAAGCUGCAUCUCCCCACAAGCUCUUGCUCAACGGUGGAGCCUUUUACGGUCCACCCAACGACGCUUGGGCCAAUCUUCGUCUCAUCAAGAACUUUUUCGCAAAGUAUCCGCAGCUGAGAGAAAAGGUGGUGCUGAGCAUCAAGGGCGGUUGGGUCAUGGAGGAGUACGAAGCAAAAGGUUUUGCGGGUAUCAGAACGGAUGCGAAGGAGGAUAAUGUUCGAAGAGACCUGAUCAAGAUCAAGCAAGAGCUGGGAGGCGAUGUGCCUGACAUUUACGAGUUGUCUAGGGUGGAUGAGCACGUGUCGAUCGAGGAUCAGAUGAAGAACUUGUCCAAGCUCAAGGCAGAAGGCCUGUUCAAGUACAUUGGCGUAUCCGAAAUGGGCGCCGAUUCUCUUCGACGAGCGGCCAAGGUCGCGCCGGUCGUGUCGAUCGAGGAUGAGUACAGCUUGUGGGAGACGGCAGUGGAGGAUAAUGGCGUGCUGAAAGCUGUGGAAGAGCUAGAAAUUCCCUUGAUAGCUUAUAGUCCCACUGGAAAGGGAAUGCUCAGCGGUCAGCUCAAGAGUCGAGCGGAUCUUCCAGAGGGCGAUAUCAGACUCCAUCAAGAUCGCUUCAACGAAGAGGUGAGCUUCAAAGUGCCUGAUCAGAGCGGACAAACUUUCCACCCCCCCUUUUACGCUCCUUGCUCACCUGUUUCCUCUCGCGCAUCUCGCCACUUUUGUAGAACUUUGCGGGCAACGUGAAGCUGGGAGAAGCGCUAGCUGAAUACGGAUCCAAGCACAAUCCUCCAGCUACAGCAGCGCAGCAAUCCCUUUCUUGGCUGAUCGCCCAAUCGCCUCAAAAGCGUCUCAUUGUUCCUCUGCCCGCGACCAGCAAGUUGCAAAGGAUCAAGGAGAACUUUGAUAGCGCAAAGCCCGAAUUCGAAUUGGAUGCUCAGCAGAGCAAAGAGAUUCGAAAGUUGCUGUGAGUUCCUCCGUCAAAGGGGGGGCCCAACUCGACAGUCUUGCCGAGCUAUACGUCCCUCUUCUUUUGCUGACCGUGUCCCAUCCUCCGCAAUGCUCUGCAGCGCCGAUAUUGGAGUCAAGGGAGAACGCUACAAUGCUCAUAUGCGAGCAACCAACCUUUGGGGCUGA